AUGCCGGUCGAUAUGUAUACCGUUGGUGACUUUAUGCAACAUAUGGAAUAUUUUGAUAAAGCACAGGAAUUUGAAGGUUUAUUGCGAGUGAAGGGGUUUACAAGCCUUAUUGUUGAUUUCUACACCUCCUUUUCAGCAGAAUCGAAAAGUAUAGUUCAAGAAUUAGCUCAAGAACUUUCUCGCAAGCCCAACCAAACCAAAAACAAGCAAUGGAAGGGCCGUGCAUUAACAACAAUUAUCAAUGUUCAAAAUAUCACUCUGCCUGCUAGCAUACAAUAUCAGUAUGAAAUAUGGAAGGGAAAUCCCGUACAAUUCUGGCGAUCUAUUCAGAAUUCAGGAUCUACACAGUCAAUUGAGGUUGCUGCUAUUGAAGCAUAUCUCAUAAUGCAAGAUCUCCGUUUGCGACAAGAAUACGAUAUUAUUCUUUGGAGAUUUUAUGUCACUUUUUUUUAUCAACUUGCAUUGUUGAUAGGACAUGGGCAAAAAAUGAUGACGAACAAUUUACAUAACAUUCUUUAUGAACGAUUGGGCAAAGUAUUCAUACAAUCUGAGAAGAUAGCUGAUGAAGUGGCCACUGUUCAAGCAAAUUUACAUCAUUGGGUUGAUGCUGGAUUCAAAUAUAAUAAAGUAUGCACAGCUCUUGACAAAGGCGCUUUAUUUUUGAUUCCACAGGUACCAGAUUAUAUAUGGGAGAACUCAAACUCGCUGAAAGGCGGAGAGUUUGAUGAAGCUAUGGCUCAUCUCAAAUCCAUAGGCAUUAUGGAAUUAUCCAAACACCUUGGGGCGGAUGUUUUGGCCAGUCAAAUUCUAGAUUCCGUGCUCGGUCCAUUCCGAUGGGAAGUUUAUGAUGCCGCAGAUAUCGCUGCCAGUCUAAAUACCAAGCCAAAGCCCUUUUCUGGUGGUCCAUCCGCUAGGGGCCCAUCCGCUUGGGGUUCAUCCGCUGGUGAUCCGUCUAUUAGGGGCUUAUCCGUUAAAGGUCUAUCCGUUAAGGGCCCAUCUGCUCGGGGUCCAUCUGCUCGGGGUACAUCUGCUCGGGGUUCAUCAAUUAAAAUCCAAUUUGCUGGGAAUUCAUCUACUGGAGGUUCAUCCGCAGAAUCAAGACCUAUUGGUGCCAGCCCAUUCAUCGAAGCAAGGCCUUCUGAUCGCAACUCCAUUUCAAUAUCCUCUAUGUUAAACCCAACAGAAGCGGCGCAGUCCUAUGAUAAGGUAGAAGGUUCAGAUAUACUAGUAAAUCUAGAACCUGACAAGGAGGAAAGAGAUAUAGAUUCAUCAUUGAAGCCGUACAACUCUGGCGAGAAACGGAAACGUGUUGAUUCAGUAACAGCUUCUGAUUCAAAAACGGAUUGCAUACCACCGCAGAGCGUCUCUGAACGGCGGUCCCUCGUAGGGUUGUGCCCGGUGGACAGGAAUAGAAUGGAGAACAUUCUUGGAAAGCGCCUUGUUGAUGGUAUGAUGAGAAGCCGAAAGAGGCUUCGAGAUGAUAACCACCAAUUUACCGAUGCUAUUCGAGUAAUUGCUCCGUUUUCGGAUAUCACUCAGGAUUUUAUAUACAAAAUAUGGAUAUGCUCAUCCGUUGGAAAGGAUAUUUCAGAGAUCAUUAUGAGAGGAUGCGACGACUUGAGAGAGCUAUUCCCUGAUAUAAUUUUGAAUGGUAUCGAAACGAGCCUUUAUAGACAAGAAGAGGAGAGACAGAAAGAACCCGGAAGUCCUUAUGGUUUCAAGAUAUUUCCUUACAGCAAUAAUGAUGAUGAUUAUGAGGUGGAAAUAAGAUUGGGUUUCACGAUUGGUCAAAUUGUUAUGUAUACCUUGUAUAAGUACUAA